AUAUUCCCGACCGAGAUAAGGCUAAUGGCCGACUUGUACCCCAACGGUCAACGGACUGCUCCUCCACAACUCUCCAUCUCCGCCUCCGAUUAUGGGGCGGCGGUCAAUCGUUAACUUGACCUUCUUCUCCUUCACAGUCACAUAUCUGGCACUACAGUUGCAACCCAUCUACACCAUCGGAUUUGAUCCUCAGAUCAUCCAGGAAUCGACAACACCGGUGCCCAGUCUUCAGGCCCGUCCAGGCGCGCCGUUCAGGAUCGCUCUGUUCGCCGACCUGCAUUUCGGGGAGAACGCGUGGUCGGAUUGGGGUCCACGUCAGGAUUUCAACUCCAUCCGGGUCAUGUCCUCUGUGCUCGAUGCUGAAACCCCAGAUUUUGUUGUGUACCUUGGAGAUGUGAUUACGGCCAACAACAUACCCAUUGAAAAUGCUACCUUGUAUUGGGAUCAAGCCAUCUCACCGACGAGGUCUAGGGGUAUUCCGUGGGCUAGUGUGUUUGGAAACCAUGAUGAUGCGCCGUUUGUGUGGCCGUUGGAGUGGUUCUGUGCUUCCGGAAUUCCUCAGCUAUGGUGCCCUUUGGCUAAUUCAUCAGAUUCAGGGGAAGCAGCAUGUAGCUUUAAAGGGACAUCACGAUUGGGAUUGAUGAAAAAGGAGGUUGAGCGUAAUGUGCUAUCGUACUCUAGAAGUGGUCCAAAUGAUCUUUGGCCUAGUGUAUCCAACUACGUCCUCCAAGUAGUGUCAUCAGACAAUCCAGAGUCACCACUGGUGUAUCUAUACUUUCUAGAUUCUGGGGGUGGUAGCUAUCCAGAAGUUAUAUCAACUGCCCAAGCAGAAUGGUUCAAGCGUAAAGCUGAGGAGAUCAAUCCUGACUCAAGGGUGCCAGAGUUAAUCUUCUGGCAUAUACCAAGUAAAGCUUAUAAGAGUGUGGCUCCAUUUUUUAUAUACAAGCCUUGUGUGGGUUCAAUUAACAAGGAGUGGGUUGCUGCUCAAGAAACUGAAUCAGGCAUCAUGAAUAUUCUUGUUAAAAGGCCUUCAGUCAAGGCUGUCUUUGUUGGGCAUAAUCAUGGACUGGAUUGGUGCUGCCCUUACGGGAAGCUUUGGCUAUGCUUUGCUAGACAUACCGGUUAUGGUGGUUAUGGAAAUUGGGAGAGGGGGGCAAGAAUUCUAGAAAUCACCAAGGAGCCUUUCUCUAUAAAAUCAUGGAUAAGGAUGGAAGACGGUAAGGUACACAGUGAAGUUACCUUGAGCUGACAGAGGGAAACCAAGUCAGCACAUUGGAAAGCCAUGCAUCAGCGAAGUUCGUGGAUGUCUUAAGAGGACAAAAGAAAUGGGGUCGUUCUAUUGAGAGGGGCUACUUGAUACAAGUUAGAAUACAAGUGCAAAUGCUAUGAACCUGCAGAGCUGGUGCAAUUACUCGUGCUUCCAAAAGUCAAGUUUGUAUAGUUGUAUAUUUUGGAUAAUGUAUAUAGGAUGCGGCCACAGCCAAUGUCAACUAUAUCCAAACCCCAAUAAUGUGAGUCUACCAUGAGCACAUACUAGACAAAUAUAAUGCAUGUGGAAAUGUCUGUGACGAUCGUUUUUUUUUUUUGACAAGGGUAAUGGUUAGAAAGUUAGUGAGUUAAUUAUUAGCAGUUGGUCCUCAGACCGAGUGAACAUUCCACCCCUUUAAAUGAGGCGCGCGGUCAUUAGACUGCAUUUUGGUGGAGUUCACGACGGUGGUGGAGCCCAAAGCUCCAAUCACCAUCUCACCCAAGCACUAAGGCUUGGGGGCGAACUAUUGGGCCA